CGGGAGCGCGCGCGAGCGAGGAGUCAGACGGUAUUCAACUAUCGUCUGUGGAGCGUCAAGAAGACUUCCGAGUGCCGUUGUCAUUGUCGUCGCCGUCAAACCCUCUCCCUGUUUACCGACCGUGUUCCUAGCGGGUUUCGAGGUAAAAGAGAAACGCGACGUACAUUCAAGAUGCCGGGCGCGAGCGUGGCCGUUCUCCCCACCUCCGCCUCUUCAACGCCGGCCUCGCGAAAGGCCUCCCUCGUGCCGGAGCGAAAAUACAAGUGCCAGUUCUGCAACAGGGCUUUCAGCAGAAGCGAGCAUCGCAGCAGGCAUGAAAGAUCACACACCAAGGAGCGUCCCUUCAAGUGCAUGAAGUGCAGGAGCACAUUCGUGCGACGCGAUCUGCUUCUCCGACAUGAUCGAACGGUACAUGCGAAGGAUGGUGGUGUUCCCCUCCACAGCGACGGCAAGCGUCGCGGAGGUCCAAAGGCUAGGACCGUCGCCGGCCCCUCCAAGUCUUCAAUCGCCAUCGACCCUUCGGCUCUGGAGCAAAUCGAAGCCAGUAGCGACGGUAUUUUCGACGUCGAAACCGCUGCUAUGCUCGUUGCGGACCUUCAUCACAAAGCCACCGCGGCUGUCCGUUCGAACGACGGCCCGUACGAUGGCGGCUCCGGCAUGGCGUUUUCCCAGAACGGCUCUGCCGUCAUGGAGCCCUCGGUGAGCUACCCGUCAAGCAUUCCGCAAUGGGACGGCUUCAUGUCGCAAUCCGUGGCAGAACCUAAGGCCCAUUCCAUCACCUCGAGCAUGGCCGGAUCCUUCGACUCGCACCACCAGCAUCCCAACCAGCUGCCGCCAAUCAGCAGCCAUGGCGUCAACGGUCUGGUGCCAGCACUGCAGACAAUGAUCAACUCGCUUCCUCCUGCUGCCGGAAAUUCGACUCCCCAGUCACCUCACCGGACUCAGACCCCGAUUGACCCGUCAGGCUCGACCGGCUUGAAGGCUCCCCAGGUCACCGGUGAUGAGGAACGGAACGUCAUCCUGGACAACAUCCGCGGCGAUGACGACGAGCACGCAAUUCCCGAGGGAUUCCGCCUUCCGAAUCUACCAUCGCUCAACCGCUAUCUGUCCACGUAUUUCGGCAUGUUCCAUCAUCACCUGCCAUUCCUGCAUCCCGCCUCGUUCGAGCCCACUCAAGUCUCGCCUGCGCUGCUGCUUUCUGUCCUCUCCAUCGGCGCUCUCUAUGCCUUCGACCAAGAGCAGGCGUACAUUCUGCACAUCGGCUCAAAGGUCCUGGUGAACCAGUUUCUCCAGAACAGGGAGAACUUCAGCUCUCGGAAAUGCCCGCUCUGGACCAUGCAGAGCUCUUUCCUGAACAUGAUCUUCGCCAGCUGGAGCGGCGACCCCAAGGGACUGGAAUGGGCUUGCUCGAUCAAGAGUUUGCUGGCCAACAUGGUCGCCGGCAAUCGCUACGAGCUGAAGUUGAGGCAGGAAGGCCGCGGGGGCCGUCCGGCCACGCGCGCCGAAUGGGUCGAGGAUGAGGGCUGUAGGCGAACAUACUACGCAGUGUACAUCUUCUUCGGUCUGUUGACACUCACGUACAAUCACACGCCGGCAAUCAGUUUCAACGAGUUUGAAGAUCUGCAGCUUCCGUCGACCGAGGGUCUCUGGAACCUCAAGGUCUCGGACGAGGCUACGUGGCAGGACCAUCUCAAGGUGUCUCCCAGCGUGACCUUCAUGGAUGCGCACGAGAAUCUCUUCCAGGGCGAAACGCUCAAGUACAGCGCCUUUGCGACCCGGGUCAUGAUCAAUGCUCUGUUCCUGGAGGUGUGGUACCACAAGCGCAGCCCCGAGGCUCUGCAAGACGUCGUUACCGAGUACAAGCUGAGGCUCGCUCUCGAGACGUGGGAGAAAUCCCUCGAUUUCUGCGAGCCCGAGGACACGGUCCCGCUCAGGGCUCCGCACAAGGGGCAUCCCCUGCUCUUCAAUGCGAAGGCGCUCUUCCGCAAUGCGCGUGCCCGGCUCGAGGUCGACCUGAAGGCAGUUCAGGAGGCUCUCCGGUAUCACGACUCGUACGAAGUCGCAGCCGCCAUGUCCAGCGCACGUGACCGGGUAAAGCGGUCGCCCGAGAUGCUCAAGGUUAUCCAGGAGUGCUACGAUUGCAUUGAGACGGCGGUCGUGCACGGAGUCCGCUGGGUGGCGCGAACUUCGCCGACGAACUGGAGCAUCGAGCACCCGCUCUGCGGCAUGGACCUCAUGAUCAUUCUGAGCCUGUGGCUCUAUCGUCUGGAACAUGACGAGGAGCCCGCUACAGAGGAGGAGUUGGUCAUGUACAACAAGGUCCGACAGCUCUUCGACAAAGACCUGGAUGAGACUUAUAUCUCACACCUGAGCUCUAUUGUGGCGCGUCUUUGGGGAUCGAUGCUGGACGAGGUCGUGGUCUGGGGAAUCGCUCGUCUUAUGGGCGAAUCGUUCCGGCUCCAUUCUCAGGCUCUGGUCGGCUAUGUGGACGACGUCGCAGCGUCCUCGAGUGUUUCCACCCCUUCGAUGACCUCGCAAGGGGCCGACGAAGAUAGCGUCUACUAGCCUUGAACGACGUUUUGACGAUUUCCUUUGUCUGACAGGAGGGGUGGGUUCCGGUUUUCCUUGGCAUAUACCUGUGUGCGCGUUCUCGACUGCAG